CAAAAUGUCUUAAAGCAUCUUAACGCUGAUUUAUUUUACAUUUAACAAAUCAACAUUUUAACGCGGAGUUGAAGUACUUAUCUUCUUAUUUCUACGGUUGUUGAAGGGUGUCGCCGUUAAUAAGAAUACAAUUUUCAUUAUUAUCAAUUAGUAUCUAAGGAUGCUUUUGGCUAGAACCUACAUAAUAUCACCAUAGCAGUUAACAUACGUAAUUGACAGUAUUGUUCGUUGAAGCAAGAAGAACCGUCGUAUUGCACAUAGAUUGAAAAUAAAUUCCAAAAAUAAGGCAGACAUUUUUGUACCUACUUGUCUGGUGCGGACAUUAUCAACCAUAAUGUGUCUUAAACAAUUUAUCACUUAUAUUAUUUUUAUUUUUUUGAUAUUUGUAGAUAUAACUUAUUGUUUGUACAAUAAUUUUAUAUGUCCACCACAAGUACUCGGUCUUUUUGCAGUAGGCGAUUCAAAUUUGUGGGAAUCUAUUAGAAUACCGUAUGAAGGCCCUAAUGCACAUACAUCCAGUAGAUUUUAUGCUCCAAAUCAAAUAUUUUUAGAAAAAACCAGACCUAGUGUCCCGACUAAUAGGGUUAUUGUGUCUUGCGUUUCCAUAACAGAGGAUGUUCUUAGACAAAGUGCAGAUAGGAAUCGUGAACCUGCGAAUAUUCGUGAUUAUAAUCCAAAAAGAAUCUUUAGUCAAGGGGACCACGCAGGACAUAUUAUAGCACAUAAGUUAGGUGGUUCGUAUCAUGAUAGAAAUAUUAUAUCACAAAACCCUAAAUGUAAUAUGGGUUAUUGGAGAGAAUUCAUUGAAGGUAUUAUUAACAUUAAAAAGACUAAUUACACAAAUCAAGUAAUAUAUUACGGCGUUAAGUUGAUAUAUAACAUGAAUGAUAAAAACGAUUAUCCCACUAGACCAGAGAAACUCGAAUCGAAGAUAUUUAUUCAAGAAAACGGGUUCGUUCGAAUCAUAGGUUCUGCAGUUGUAAAAAAUCCUCCUCCUUCAGAACGUUGUAAAGUUGAGUGUAACGAUUUAUAUCCGGUUAAACUCGUAUAUUUAGAGAACCCGGGUACUCAAUGUAAACGGAAAAUAGAUUCCGAGAAAUGUUGGGCCCUAUGUUGAACCGAAUUGCAAUUUAUUAAUUGCAAUUUGCAAGUAACAAUUAUUAUACUUGAUAGUAGAUACAAUAAGUAUAGUCAAUAGUCAUGAACUCAUAUAAACAUUAAACUUUUUAAAAUCUGUUAUUUGCGUGUGUUAAUGUGUGUACUGUUUGUAAUGUAUAUAAUAUAAUAUAUUUACCUAUGGUUUAAACGAUUUUUAAUUAAAUUUAAUAUAUCUCAUUUUUAUGCUUAUAAACUGUAAUUAACAAUUAAUUUCCCAUCAAUAUAUAUUAUACAUAAUACUAAUAAUACUCUUACCAAUAUAUUUAUGAUGUACCUAUAAGUUUGUUCGGUAGUAUAAAUAAUAACAUUGGUAUUUAUAAGUAAUUAUUUUGAAAUUAGAAUACUAAUCUAAUGUUUUUUUUAAAUAAUGUUAUAAUUAUUUUUUAAUUUUAUUUUUAUGUUAUAAUUGAAAAAUGUACUUAUGUACUUAAAACUAAAAAACCAAUAUUACAUUAAUAUCUGUUAUAAUGUAUGAUUAUAGAUCAAUAUGUGUUAUAAACUCAUUUUUAGAUGUAUAUGCACUAUGCAGUAUGAUUUUUAAUUUUCAAAAUAUUUUGUUUAUUUUAAUGUUAUUUAUACGUAUUUGAAAUA